GAAAGACAACAGAAAAUGACAACAAAACUAAAACAAAACAUAACAGGUGCAUUUAAGAUGCACGGGUUUACUCUUCGGAGUGAAGCCAGUAAAUAUUUAGUAGAUGUUUUAAACCUAAUCAAUGAAGUACAAAGAGAAGAUUGUUUAGAUAAAAUAAUAGAAUCUGUCCAGAAGCAGCAAUUAUCUUCAACAUUGAUAGACAGAUCUGUGUGUGAACAAGCUGUACAGGAAUGUAACACAGAUCAAGAUGAGAGUGAUAAUGUAUUUGGAGUCAUUGAUGCCUUUGCUGUUCCAAGAUUUACAUAUGUAACAGACCGGAAGAAGUUUAUUGAGAGUGACACAGUAGGUAUUCCAUCUCCUUGUCUUCAUGGAACAGCUGAGGAUAAAAAUAGAUUAUUCACAAAUAAAUACACCAUGUUAUUACAGAGAACACAGAGACAUGAUCUUUUUACACCACCAGUUAUCGGAGCUCAAAUGGACCAAAAUUCAAAAAAGUUUCAGCUCAAACCCAUAGAAUACCUUCUUGGAAGUACAGCCAAACUUGGAGAAAUUAUUGUACUUGGAAUGCUCACACAGCUCAAAGAGGGUAAAUGGUAUUUAGAAGAUCCUACAGGAGUUGUACAGAUAGAUCUUUCAGAAGCUAAUUUUCAAAAUGGUUUGUUUACAGAAAAUUGUUUUGUGCUGGCUGAGGGAUGGUAUGAAGAUAAAAUAUUCCACAUCAAUGCAUUUGGUUUUCCACCGCCUGAACCAGCUAAAACUACAAGAUCUUACUUUGGAAAUAUUAACUUUUUUGGUGGCUUUGGGAAUCAAUGUGCAAAAGCAUCAUCAAAACUUCGACAAAUAGAACAAGACAAUGAAGAUGCCAUGUUUGUUUUCUUAUCUGAUGUUUGGUUGGAUCAGGUUAAGGUUAUGGAGAAAUUAAGAAUAUUAUUUGCAGGAUAUGCAGACUUUCCUCCAACAUGUUUUAUAUUAUGUGGAAAUUUUCUAUCAUCACACCAGGGUAGUCAACAUGUGAAGAUGAUGAAAGAAUGUUUCCACAACUUGACAGAAUUGAUAUGCGAGUUUCCAACAUUAGUUGAAAGCAGUAGAUUUAUAUUUGUACCAGGACCACAAGACCCAGGACCUAUGACGAUUUUACCUAGACCACCAAUACCUAAUUCAGUUACAGAGGAUAUUAGGAAAAAGAUCCCAUCAGCACAAUUUACCAGUAAUCCGUGUCGUAUCCAGUACUGUACUCAGGAAAUUGUAGUGUUCCGUGAAGACAUUGUUACAAAGAUGUGUAGGAAUUGUGUAAAAUUUCCAGAAGAUGGAGAAGUACCAAGUCAUUUUUGUAAGACAAUAGUAUCACAAGGCCAUUUAUGUCCGUUACCGUUACAUGUGUGUCCUGUGUAUUGGGCUUAUGAUGCUGGUCUUCAGCUAUAUCCAUUACCAGAUUUAGUUGUAUGUGCUGACAAGUUUGAUCCUUUCCACACAACAUCAGUUGAUUGUACAGUGAUGAAUCCGGGAUCCUUUCCAAGAACAGAAUUUAGUUUUAAAGUUUACCUACCAGCUACAAAACAGAUAGAAGAUAGCAAGAUUGGAGACUGACAUGUGUAUCAUAAACAAUUGAUUAGAUUCGGGUGGGCUCAUCUUUUAUUAUGGAAAAAACAUCAGACCCUCA